CACGACCAGAGAGAACGAAAAGAACGACCAAAAUUUUCGUGCACCUUCGUCUAUCGAGAUCAUGAAUUUUUUCUAUUCGCUUCAAUAAAUUUUAAAAUAAAAGUUUAUUUUAAGAACAACACAAAAAACAUCAUAUUGUGCGUUUUCAAAAUAUAAUAAAUAACAAAAAAAAAAAAAAUGAAAUCCCUUCACAAUUAAUAAAAAAAAAAAACCAAGUGAAUUCAUAAAUUUGCCAUUGAUUCAAUUCAAAAGAAAUUUUCAUAUUCCCUCCUCCUCGUCGCCGUGUGCUUUGCUAUCGAAAAAAAAGAAGAAAAAAAAAAUUCUUGUAAAGAAAUUUUUAUCAGAAAAUUAAAAAGAAUUGAGGAAGAAAAAAGCAAACGCAAAAUAAGAAAAAAAUAAAGAAAGCAAAAAAGAAUACAACAACAACCAACAACAAAAAAAAGUGAGUUAUUCUGAUUGAUUACACAUCCGUGUGAGCGCGCUGAGUUGCGGGAAGAAAUGUGAAGUGAUUCCUCCUCCUCGUCUCCUCCUUGUCGAGAGUUUUCCAUUUGGAAUUUUUAUAUUUUUGGUGGCUCUUUCUCUGUGAGGUUGAAUUUCCUGUGAAGAAAGAAGGCACCCGCAAAACUUAAUCAAAAGUCAUCCAAAAGACGACCAAAACUAGGAUUUGCCAGGAUUCAUUUGCGAAACGGCACUACGCCCUUCAAACAGAGAGGUUGAGAUAUAACCCAACGGACAAAUACUUACCUACUGUGUUUCAAGUAGAAUGGAUCAACCGCUUAUUGUCCAAGCUGAAUACUCAUUCAAAGGCGGAAACAAUGAUGAAUUGUGUUUCCAAAAAGGCGAUCUCAUUACUGUGACACAACGCGAAGAGGGUGGCUGGUGGGAGGGAACACUAAACGAUAAGACUGGCUGGUUUCCCAGCAAUUAUGUUAUUGAAUAUAAGGCACCAUUGCCGCCAUCCGAAACGAUACGUCCGCCUGAAGAAAUUCAAGAAUAUCGUUCGGUUGUGCUAAAGGAUUUAUUAGACAGUGAAAAGGCUCAUGUAGCCGAAAUCCAGGGUUUGCUGGAAAAUUUCCUAGAGCCGCUUCAAAACACACAAAUUUUAACAAAUGAUGAAUACGCUCAAUUAAUGUGCAAUUUUGUCGAGGUUGUGAAAACACACGAUGAGUUGUUGAGCAGUUUAGAAGAAUGCAACGAUCGUGUGGGGAAGUUAUUUUUAACAAAAGCUCCAAUUAUGAAAUCAGUACAUCAAGCUUAUUGUGCAGCUCAUCCUAGAGCUAUUGUUAUUCUUGAUAAGCAUAAAGAUGAUUUGGAAAAAUAUAUGGAGCGUCAAGGAGCAGCAUCACCUGGUCUGCUAGUUCUUACAACGGGUUUGUCAAAACCAUUUAGACGAUUAGAUAAAUACUCAGCAAUGUUGCAAGAAUUAGAAAGGCAUAUGGAAAGCAGUCAUCCGGAUCGUGGAGAUACGCAACGUAGUGUAGCUGUAUACAAGGACAUUGCUGCUACAUGCUCCGCAACAAGAAGACAAAAAGAACUAGAGUUGCAGGUGCUUACUGGUCCAGUGAGAGGCUGGCAGGGACAAGAGCUGAGUACGUUAGGUGACAUUCUUCAUAUGGGUAGUGUGGCUGUCGGAGCUGAUCAUCGAGAUCGUUAUUUUGUUCUUUUUCCACAAACUCUUCUCAUACUCAGUGUUAGCCAAAGGAUGAGUGCCUUCAUUUAUGAGGGAAAACUCCCUCUCACAAAUAUAGCUGUGAAUCGUCUAGAAGACACAGAGACUUUCAAAAAUGCCUUCGAGAUAAGUGGCCCCCUAAUCGAACGGAUUGUCGCUGUGUGCCAGGGACCCAACGAAGCCAAUCGAUGGGUUGAUCUGCUAAAUGGUGCUAAUCCCACGUUGCCAAUUAACAUUAAACGUAAUACCAGUAAUUCAUCUAUGAACGCACCUCCACAACCACCAUCUCAUUCACCUCCUUAUGUUCUUGAUUCACGCGGCUACUGCGCCCGUUUCUCACUGUGCGCCUAUCAAAUUGGCUCGCCAAAUUUUCGUCUAACACUUCCGCCAAAAAAUUAUCCUCCCACAGCACCGUAUGCUAAUUUAAGUGCCCACUUUUGGCAACUCGUUAAACAAGGUAUGCUUCGAAGGUCAUUGGUGAGGGUGUUACUUUACCCAGAGGCCAGAUUGAGUGUGGAUCUGGAACAGAUUACCUUGAGACGAAAACAAUUAUCAACAGCGUAUGUUUCUGAAGAUAGAUCGACUCUAUCGCGACAAGAUGCAUUUGAGCUACCUACCGAUUCGGAAAGUGAUGGCGGAGGUUCUUGUGGUAGUGAUCCAUUUGACUUUAUCAAAUUCUACACCAGGAAAGUGGAUUCUAUCGGAGCCACUGACACAUUUAUUGAUCAUGGAUCGCUGAUUGAAGAUUCUAGAGAUCCUUCAAAGAGACAUUGUUCAACCAUAAAUCUUAUCAAUCUAAGUUCUGGUAGUUCUUUGGAUAUCCCGACUGGCCAAAAGGAUUCUUUGAUAAUUGGAUCGAAGGCAGUGAGAGCCUUAAAUAGAAUGUCAUCAGACAAGAACAGUGUGAUAAUUCAUACAUCAAGUGCUCGUUUGAAUCUCGGCCAUAUGAGGCAUCAAAUAUCAGAAAACUCCGAAGCGUCCUCCUAUGAUGGACGAAUCGGAGGAACCUAUGUUGGUUGCGAAGACUUGGCCAACAUGGACGAUGAAACUGAGAUAAAACUAAACAAUCCAGUUAAAUACCAACAACUGCCUCCUAGCUCACCAACUGAACGCCACAGUAUGCCAAAUAUGUUUGUUGGCAAUCGAUUUAAUCGAACUAACCGAACACAGGUGUAUGUGCCGACUUAUAAAGUCCGCGAAGGAAGUCUAGAUUGCCAAGAUAGACAUCACAGAGAGGGCAGUAUACCAGGCGGCGGUGGUGAUGAUGAAGAAAACUCAGUAGCGACACAUUCCAGUUCAUUGGAUCUCCCGGCGGUUAUGCCAGCUCCCGAUAGUAUUACGGCGGAACUUUUAUACAACAUGGACGGUAAUUUGCAUCAACCCCAACAACAACAAAGGUUGAGUCUGUCUCGUGAGGUUUCACCUUUUAAAAAACAUUCUAUUAAUUCUGACAAAAAGAUCUCUUCUGGCCCGUCGACAAGUGGAAAACCACCAUUAGCAGCUCGAUCAUCAUCGAUGAGACGAUGUAUCAGUUAUCAAUAUGUUCAAAUGGCCAAUCCAGAUACUCAACGGCAAUCUUCUCCACCUCGACGAACAAAUACAACUUCGUCGGGGGGAAAAUGUAAAUGCUGUGAAAGUUCACAGUGUCCUAGUCCUCGGUCAAGUGACUCCGGCAUGGCUGGCAGUUGUACAAUUUCCUCACCUGACCACCCACUCAACAAUACCGAUGAGUAUUAUCCAAAUGCCGAUGAAGAGGCCCACUCCCACACUCAGUCAAAUGGAGAUCUAACCAGAUUCGAUGUCUGCGGCAUGUUUCGAAAUAAAUUCCUAACCCAGGAGGAUGAUGAAGACGAUGAUGAUGGAGAUGGACAUGGAGAUAAUAUGCAGCCAAAAGAACCAAAUGAUACUCAACCACCACCGCCAGUCCAAAUUCAUACCAAAAGCAUUUUUAUUGGCAGAAGACCAAUUACAGAAACAUAUCCUCCCAGCAAUGAUGACCUCAAUGACGACGAAGCCACCGAAGAGGGUGAAGACAUCCAGGGAAUGUUUCGUAGUGGAAUGUACGCACAUUGGUGGAAAAAGGAAAAACUGCCAAAUGCUGUUAUUCGUGGUAUUGUGCACGCACAUAGGAAAAAUCCAAGCAUUGAGUCGGCAGUUAGUUGUUGUUCAUAUUGUUGCUGUGGAACAGGACGUUGUUCGAGUUGUCAAGACCAAUAUUCAGCAGCAACACCGUCGACAAGUACUGGAAAUUCAACGUCAUCAUCGUCCCUAUCGACGUCAGGUUGUCCGCUCUGCAAUAAUAAUAGUGGUGCUGUUGCUGCCACUACAACUGCAGUUGCGAAUAAUGCGGCGGCUUCUGCAGCCGCUGAAGGCUUUGGUGGCGGCAGUUUGGGCUCAGAUGUCACCACCAGCCAAUUUGGGAUUCGGUCAUUCGAAUCUGCGAACAACACCUCCAAUACAUCAACAGUCACUACACAAACGGAGCCUAUCAUUCAAUCAUCAUCUGAGCUACAAUCAAUAUCACACUCCCACUCAGCAUCCACCUCAUCAUCAACAUCUACCCCCUCUAAGUCAGCAAAAUCAUCUACUGGGCAGCCUAGGCCACAAAUCAAAUUUAGCCCAGACAUCGAACAGUAUUUCCAAGAUGACAAACACGGUCGGUAUGGGGGUGGCGGCAGCGGUGGCAGUCGGAGCAGUCCCAGUGCCAAGUCAUCAGGGAAUGGUGCCAAGCGGAAGGAUCGGAAGCAUAAAAGCUAACUGGAGCAUAACAAACCUUCGACCGGCACCACCACUUCGACCAAAUUUGCUUAACAAUCAAACAACAACGACUGCUGGCGGUAGCUCAAAUACCUUAUCAAGCUAUUGCAACAGCCGUAAAAAUCAACCAAAUUUUGAAGAGGAUGCACUUGUCUUACGUGUCAUUGAAGCUUAUUGUGCUGCCUAUCAAAACAAUGCAAGGAACACCAUUC